UUCCUCCACCCUCGCUCCAGCAUGACGGGCACCCUCUUCACGGGUACCCUCGCUGUAUCCUUCCUCGUCGUCGGCAUCCCACAUCUCCUCCCCUGUCCCGCCGACCGCCGCCAAUUCGCCGACAGCGCCGAAUGUCCCGACGGACGCGUCCCGCGCCGACGGAAAAAGCGAGACGCGGAUGGAACCUUGUCGAACUCGGCGAACGCGCCUUCCUCACCGGCCGCCGCUGCGAAUGACGAGGCCCUUGCGUCGUUGAGCGAGGACGAGAGGCCGAAGAGGGAAUGCCCUGUUCCUAAGCCCGGUGGGCUUUUGGGGCAGAUCAUUGGGUUC